AUGAGAGCACCACAGAAAGCAUCCACCACUUGGGUCACUACAGCUCGCAAUCUCACCUGUUUGUUAUUCUUCAUAUUGAUUUCCUACUGGAGUGCUGAGUGGAUAUCAGAUCAUCGAGGCACUUUCUCUCAACUGUCUUUGCCAAACGCAUUGACCGCUGCACCAGCAAGAGUCUACCAGCAAUACGUUUCCGGAAGAAAGCCAUUCAGCUCAUCUACUUUCAAACCUCAAGAGCAGGCUGUCCUCGUCAACAUGGACUCCCGGACAAAUAAUCUGGAUAUGCUUAAAGGGCAUCUUACUUACCAGAAGCUCGACGCUUUACGGAGCUUUUGGUUUGAACAUUUGCCGGAUGGCGCGAGUCGUGUGGUUAUUGCGCCAGAACAUGUGAAGAGAUGGUUCUUUUCCAAUGAGCAAUUUGACAAUGACUGCGUUAGCCAGUUCAAGCCUAUACUUGAGGCCAUUCGUAGCUCGGGAAUUACAUCAGCGCAAGAGCUUCUCUCGGCUGUUCAGCCUCGAAGCUCCCUGGACUGGCUGAGCCUGGUCAUCCUACUUGACCAAAUUCCCCGAAACUCAUACCGUGGUGACGAAUCGUCCAUUUGCUUCACUUACUUCGACCCUCUCGCCUCACAAAUCGCCCAGCAGGCCAUCAGGCAAGGCAUUCCAGACAAAUCACUAGAGAUCCGCUGGGUAUUCUACUACCGCAACUGGUUCUACCUGCCAUUGAUGCACUCAGAGGACUUAUCCACGCACGAUAAAGCUGUUUCUGCGUUUGAGCGAAUGAACCAGGAUAUUCUGAGCCUGCUGGAGGGAACAGGUGGUGCGAAUGAGUAUGAGAAGAAGGCGCGGGAAAUCGUCCAGGCAGAUCCUGAGACGGCAAAGUCAGUCGGGGAGAUGAACAAAAAUAUUGAAGAGAAGCAUCGUGUGAUUAUAGAGAAAUUCGGGCGCUAUCCUCAUAGGAACAAGGCGCUUGGGCGGGAGAUGAGGCCGGAUGAGACGGAGUUUCUUGAGAAGGGAGGUGAUACGUUUGGGAGCUGA